AUGUCACAGUUGAAUAGGCCAGUUCCUUCUGUAAAUAUUGAAGAGAUACCACUAACAGCACCUCCUCCAUAUACUGAAUUAGAUCCGAAUGCAUCUAAUGAAAGUUCUAACUAUUCAGGAUCAUCUGUGCUACGGAUACCCCCUAGAAUUCCGUCAAGGACCAAUAUUAAUAGAUUGAUUCCAGUUCCAAAAGUACCAAGUAGAAGUAAUAGCAUCAUAAGACGACAGGAAGAGCGAAUUCAACCACCUAUACCAAAUAGAAUUAGUGGGAAUGAUCGAUACUCACCUGGUCCAAAAUUACCCCCAAGACCUUCUAGCGCUAGUGAUACACCUGAGUUACCGGCAAGACUAUCAAGCACUGGGAAUUCACCUGUGUUGCCUGCAAGACCACAAUUUAGCCCUUCACGCUCAAAUUCUUAUUCCAGAGGUUCUGAUUGCGAUGGACCACCUUUACCAACUAGACCGUCAUCUAGAAGUAAUUCUGAAAAUAUAACCACAAAUUUGCAAGGCUGGUAUUCUCAAGAUCCAAUUGAUCAGCAAAUGGAUAAUUUAAAUCUUUCGAAUACGCUUUUUGAUACAAAACUUGGAAAGGAUGCACCUCCUUCGAUGUUUACUAGAACAGACCAUGAUGUUCAAAUUCCAAAUGUCUAUCCACAAUAUUUACCGAUCGAAACAAAUAAAUUUUAUGGUAAUAUUCUUUUAGGUGAUCAGACAUUGCCUAUAUGGACACAUCCAUAUUCAGUAUGGUAUUCUAAAGAAGAUGAGUUCAGAGGGUUAGCCAUAUCACACACAAAAGCUUCUCAAAGAGUGUUUGGAGAUGGAGAUCCGCCUCAAUUUUUUUUUAGUCCACCUAAAAUUAACUCAUUGACGCUCAGUGCAAUGGAGUUCCAAAAUAGUGGCAACAUGGAUUUACAAAUUAAAAACCCAAAACACAUGUCAGUAAAUUUAGAAUUCAGGCUUUCAAAUGACCAAUUUAUGCAAACCCCACUAAUACAGGGUAUGGGAUUUGUUUCAGCUGUUUAUCAUUAUAUUACACCGGUUAUUUAUUCUAGUAUUGGGUUUCGUUCUCUAGAAGAGCUUCCAGCUAUCAGUAGAUAUACUCAAAAAUUUGAGUCAAUAUUAGAAAAUGGUAGAAAAUGGAUUAUAUACAUUUCUAGUCCUGAUAAUACAAGAAUUGCAUUUAAAAAAAUGAGCAACAACGCAUACUCUGCUGACAAACGUUUACCUGAGAUACUCUUACAAACUGUGGUAGAUGGUAUUAAUGAAAUAGACAAUGCAGCAGGAUGUUAUCCAGUUGAUUGUGUUUUGUCUGCAAUUAGUACAAAUUCAACUAGUAAAUACGGUUUUCAUUAUAAAACAAUUGGAUUUUCUAACUCUGGGUCUACAUUGAUGUUUGCAUUACCGCACCAUGUAGAAACAUUUACUGAAGAGAUGACGAAUAGAAAAGUAGACUUAUACUUGGAUUCGACAGUUAAAGGUAUAAUGACUGCUUAUAUAACUAAUGAUUUUGAUAUGGAGUUAGCUACUAUAAAAGACUUGGGAUUUCAACCAUUUUCUACAAUCCCAGGAAAAAAUAAAGUUGAAUACAAUAAUGAACAAUUAGAAAAAAUUAGAAAUGCAGCUAGCAUGGAAGUUAUGGGGGAUGUUAUAGGUGAAUCAAAUCUAGAUUCCAUGUAUUUUUCUGGUAAGAUCUUAGCAAAAUACGCUUGGAUUUUGUAUUGCUGUCAAUUUAUUCUGAAUGAUUCCAACCUUGUUAAUAUUCUUCUUCCCAAAUUAAAAUUAGCAAUGAGAAAUUUUACUACUAACACUCAAAAAUUACCGUUAAGAUAUGAUACCAGCUGGAAGGGUAUCAUUUCUUCAGGAAAUGAAUCACAGGAUUUUGGGAAUUCAUACUAUAAUGAUCACCAUUUUCAUUCUAGUUAUCAUGUCCAAGCAGCUGCCAUUAUUGUUUAUGUCGAAAAGCAGUUAGGUACUUUAGAUUGGUACUACGAAAAUAAAGAGUGGGUAGAGGUUUUGAUUAGAGAUUAUGCGAAUCCAAUAGAAGAUAAAUAUUUUCCAGUUUAUAGAUCGUUUGAUUGGUAUCAUGGCCACUCGUGGGCAAAGGGACUAUUUGCAAGUGGAGAUGGUAAAGAUCAAGAAUCAUCAUCUGAAGAUGUCAAUGCAGCAUACGCCCUAAAACUUUGGAGUAUCGCGUCAGAUGAUCAAAAUUUAGGGCACCUAAGCGACAUCCAGCUAGCAGUCCUACAGAAAUCUAUUACCCAUUAUUUCCUUUAUGCCAGUAAUAAUAUUACUGAACCAUUUCCUUUUAUUAAAAAUAAGGUAAGUGGAAUAUUAUUUGAAAAUAAAAUCGACCAUACGACAUAUUUCGGAAAUUUACCACAAUAUAUCCAUAUGAUUCAUGCAAUUCCUAUUACCCCGGCAUCUUCAUUUAUCAGAACACCUCAGUUUGUAAAAGAAGAAUGGGAUUGUAUACUUAGUCAAAUAGUCGGUGGCAUUGAAGACGGGUGGAAAGGUAUUAUAAUGUUAAACGUCGCUCUAUUCAAUCCAACAAUGUCGUACCAAUUUUUUAGCUCAGACACUUUUGACAAGAAAUUUUUGGAUCCUGGUCAAAGUUUGACUUGGUCUUUGGUGUAUUCAGCUGCAUUUACCUAA